AUGAGUCAAGACAACUACCGGCGACCAUGCAAACAUCAACCAAGUCCACUGAACUUGUGAGUUUUCGUCUUGGGUGGUCCUUUUCUCUUUGAUUACACCUAAAUAUGUUUUGUUUAGGGAACACUUGAGCUACGAGAAUCUGUUCCGCUAUCAACAGUUUCUUCAAACUCAACAACAACAGCAACGAACAAUCACUCAAGAAGAAUGGAACGCUUAUCAAACUUGGAACGCGAUUCAAAAAUCAUUGACCAAUUCGGAAGCGCCGAUGUAUUAUAAUCAAAAUCCAUUGGAGACGAUUUGUAUGACACCAUCGCCUUCUGAAUCGAGAAGUUCGCAUCAUUGUGAGCGUUUUUAACGGAAAAAUUUGUGGGGAACCCUAGGGCAACACAAUCAUCCUAUCAUAUCAAUUUCAGUUAAUAAAUUUUCAGCCAUGAGUAUGUACAACUUGUUGGAAUCAGUCUCACCAUACCAAUUCGAACAACAACCCCAAUCACCACAAUAUCCUCGUCCAACUUUCGAGAAUAUUCCACCACAACAACCCGAAGAACACCGUAAAAUCUUCACCGCGGACACAGUUCAUAGUUUGGUCAAAACUUCAAGAGAUAACACAAAACCGCGUGUUGUUUCCAACAAAGUUUUCGUCGGACGUGUGAAUCCGUCAAUGGAGAGAAGUAAAAUCAACAACUUUUUCGCAAAAUUCGGCGAUGUUUUUGUUGAUUGGCCGGUAAAAAUGACAAAAAAUGGGAAUCGAAAGAGUCUCACCUCGUAUUCAUAUUUGUUUCUGGUUUAUUCGGAUGAAUCGUCGGUUUUGAAGUUGAUGGAAGAUUGUAUGAAUCCGUCGACUAAUAAUUAUUAUGUCAAUGUUCCAGAGAGCAGAGAUGAUGUUGUAAGUUUCUAUAAUAAUAUCAUAAUUAUGAUGUUGAAAAAUGACGAAAAAAAAGAAAAAGAGUCUGUUUAAAAAACAAUAAAACCUGCUGCAGCACUGAAUUUUCAGCGCUGAAUUUAUAGCGCGGCUGGGAAAAAAUGACCUAGGAACCGACUCGGCCCUUUGAAUGUUUUUUCAUUUUCAAAAAAAAUUAAAUUUUCAAUUUGCAUAUUUUCAGAUUCAAAUCCGCCCUUGGUUCCUUCACAAUGCUUUCUACAUCCAUCCAUCAGCUCGUGAAAAAAGCAUCAUCGACAUUCACCGCACCGUUUUCGUCGGCGGACUUCCACGCAUCGUAACAGCCAAAGAAAUUGCCGAACUUUUUGGCGAAUUCGGUCGCGUUCUUCUCGUCACAAUCGAUCUCGAUCAAGAUUAUGGUUAUCCAAAAGGCGCCGCGCGAGUUGUUUUCGAAAAAGAUUCGUCAUUCGCAAAUGCUUUGGAGAGAAAAUAUUUGAGUUUUAAGGAUAUUGAUUCAAGUAAAACUCAAAUCGAAAUCAAGCCAUAUGUAUUGGAAGAUGCUGGAUGCGAUCAAUGCGGAGGUCUUUGGUUCAACCCAUUUAUUGAUAUUAUUCAACAUUUGAAUGAUUCAAACAAGCGAAGAAUCAAGCAAUUCGAUAUCUGGGGAUAUAAUGGAUUAUUCACAAAUCACCUCGACAAUGAUUUCAGCUCAAGUCUCUCUAUCAACACUGUCGAUGAGAAUGAUGAUUCAGAAAAUCGCGAUCUUCGCAAAGGUUGCGCCGAAUUCCUCAAAGCUGCCAGACAAUUCAAACUCGACGAUAAUCCUAAAACCGUCUGGUUCAAUGGUGUUGAAUAUCUUCUUGGACCAGAUUAUUGGGCGCUUGUGAUGAAACAACCAAAUUUGGGAAUAAAUCAUUCUGAGCAAUCGAUUGAGUCAAGAAUUCAAACAAGAUUGACAUUGAAGAAAGACAAAAUGUAUGGAAAUAAGAGCAAUUAUUGCAAAGAUAAGCCAUGUCGCCAAUAUUAUUGUUCUGUAAGUUUUUUUGUUGCGGAAUUUCGCUUAAACAUUUUAUGUAGAUAGAAUUGUUCCGAAAACUUUCAUUUUCUGAACUUUAAAAAAAAGACACAGUAAAAUUUCAUUUUUCUGGGACCAUAAAACCAAAUCAUGGUUAAAUAAAUAGUGAAAAAUGAAUAUUAUAAUUAUUUUGAAAAUUUCUGAAAUUUUAAAGAUUUUAUUUUAUUUAGAAGUUGAUUUUUGAAAGUCAUCGUGAAUUUUUCAGUCCUGCUCACACCAUCUUCAUUCUGGCACAAAUCACUCGCUUCUCCCCACCGGUAAACCAGAACGUCGUCCAAGAAAAGACAAAAACAUGUACUUUGUACAAAAUCAUAACAAUCCAAACAAAUUCCACAUCCCAGCUCAUCUGUAA